AUGGAAGAAGCUUCCCUCGACGAUUCGUAUAAAAUGCAAAGUUUAAAAGCAAUAUUGAAAAGCAAAUAUCCAAUGCCGUUGAUUUUUGUGGAUCCCGUGGACACAAAAUCUGACGAAUGGAUGAAAAUUAUAUGGAAAAAUCGAAAAAUUGAAGGAAUCGCAAUAAGAAAUUCGCAAGAAACUUUGAAUGAAAGUUUUGAAGAAAUUGAUGUUACUAAGCCAAUUGUGAAUAAUAUGUUCACAAUGAUCUGGAAUUCAAAAAGACAACGGAUAACACAUUCAAUCAUUACCUAUCAUAUGAUUAAUGAUGGAGACAUGGCUCGGAAUAGUCGACUUCAUAAGGCCGUCACUAGCUCAUUGGAGAAGAAAAUAAUCCCAUUAGCAAACCGGACAUGCCGAUAUUUAGACCAUAAAUCGGCUGUUUACGAAUUCAAUAUUUUGAAAGAAGUCGGAUUCACGGGAAUCGUCCUUCGGAAUCCAAAUCUAAUCGAGUUAACGAACAAAAUAUUCAAAUGA